UUGGUCUAAAAAGACCCAGUGUGCAGGAGCCAUGGGUUUGUCUGCAUCCUCCCCGGCUGCUGCGGGUCAGUCGCCGAGUGCAUCCAAGUACCAUCAGACGGCGACUCCACCUUCAGAAUGUCCCAUGCAUCAGGAAAAAAUGAGCGGCUGUCCAAUGCACAUGAAGACUCCGGAUCGUAGAACUGAGAACACAGAUGAUGUUCCUGCACAUCAAGACAGAGCAUAUGAAUUCGUAGCAUGUCCGAUGAAGUCUGGUGCAUCUCAAGGGCAAGAUGACAUAGAUCCCAGCAAUAUGAUGCCUCCUCCUAAUCAGCAGCCAUCCCCAGGUCAGCCUUUUCCAUUGUCAACUGUUAGAGAAGAAUCUUCCAUUCCUAGAGCACACUCUGACAAGAAAUGGGUCUACCCUUCAGAGCAAAUGUUCUGGAAUGCUAUGCUAAGAAAAGGGUGGAGGUGGAAAGAUGAUGACAUAACAGGUGAAGACAUGACCAACAUCAUUAAGAUUCACAACCAAAACAAUGAGCAAGCUUGGAAGGAAAUUUUGAAGUGGGAAGCUCUUCAUGCUGUGGAAUGUCCAUGUGGGCCAUCACUGAUGCGGUUUGGAGGCAAAGCAAAGGAGUAUUCACCAAGAGCCAGAAUACGUUCGUGGAUGGGGUAUGAACUUCCUUUUGACAGACACGAUUGGAUUGUUGACCGAUGUGGAAAAGAAGUGCGAUACGUGAUCGAUUACUACGAUGGUGGAGCAGUGGAUAAGAACUACCAGUUCACUAUCCUGGAUGUUCGCCCUGCGUUUGACUCUCUCUCGGCUGUGUGGGACAGAAUGAAGGUAGCUUGGUGGCGGUGGACUUCGUAACUACUCCUGCGGUGCGUAAUUGAAAAGUAAACCACUUUCCUCCUGGGCUAAGGAAGUGAAUACUGGGACUUGAAAGAGAAAUUCACUGCAGCUGUCACUGUUCUCAUCAUCACCACUGUUCGUUGGAGUUGGGAAGGGAGGAUGGGGAAAUCCGUUGUUAAGUACACUGAUGCUUUAUGGUG